AUGAAGAGCCUGGAUGAGGCUGCUGGGAGUGAAAUCAUCGGAGAGAACAACAACAGGGAGCGAGAAAGUAAAUCAGAAACAUCAUAUAAGAGUCCGCUCCUUGCUGAUCGAUGGAAACCAUGCCGACGGUCCCGCGCUACAAUCAAAGAGUGGCUGUUGAAGCUGAGGUGUUGUCUGGGAGCAGUGUGUGGGAUAGAGUGGUAUGGCUACGCUGCUCUAGGGGUUUUCACUGCCAUCCUCAGCUUUCUGAUGGACCUCAGCGUGACAAAACUGCUGACAGCUCACCGGGGGCUUUACAUGAAGCUGGAGGGCAACAGUCUGCUGCAGUUCUUCUGCUGGACUCUUUACCCAGCAUGCCUCUGUGCUGUCGCAUCGUCGUUUUCCCACAACAUCUGUCCCUUCUCCACAGGCUCGGGGAUACCUGAGGUGAGGACCAUGCUGGCUGGCUUCAAAAUGCCUCACUACUUGUCUCUCACUAACAUGUCUACCAAGUUCCUGGGCCUUAUCUGCACACUGGCAGCCGGCAGCACUGUUUUCCUGGGCAAAGUGGGUCCAUUUGUGCAUCUCUCCGCUAUGAUUGGAGCCUACCUGAGCAACCUCUGCAAUCUCAUACAAGCCAAUAACAAGGAAAAAGCUGGUGGAGAAAUGCUGGUUGUAGCUGCUGCAGUGGGUGUAGCCAGCUGCUUUGGAGCCCCCAUUACCGGUGUGUUGUUCAGUGUGGAGGUGAUGUGUUCUCACUUCGCCCUGAGGCAUUACUACCCGUGUUUCUUCUCCGCCGCCUGCGGGGCGCUGACCUUCCGCCUAUUCUCCGUGUGGAGUGGAGAUGAAGAGACUCCUCAGGCAUUGUUUAAAACGAAUUUCCCCGCUGCUGUUCCCUUCUACUCGCUGGAGAUUCUACUAUUUGCCUUUCUUGGGCUGCUGUGUGGAGCUGUGAGCUGCUGCUACCUCGCCUGCCAUCGGUGGAUGCUGCAAUUCACUAAAACAAACCCAAUGUUCAACAAGAUGCUGACCACAGAGAAGGGUCUAUACUCAGGCAUGGUGGCUUUCCUCCUGGCAUCUCUGACAUUCCCCCACUCUGUUGGUCAAUAUAUGGCUUCUAAGCACACCAUGAAGCAGCUCCUGACCUCCUUACUGGACAGCAGGCAGUGGAGCUCUCAAUCCAACAAUGCAUCUCUUCACCUGGGGCCCGAGGCUUUGUUGGAGUGGAGCUCGUCAGGGAGUCCUGUCUUCCUACCUCUGGCUGUCUUUCUGCUAAUGAAGAUGUGGAUGUUGGUCCUUGCCUGCACCCUGCCUCUGCCAGCUGGAUACUUCAUGCCAGUGUUUGUCUACGGGGCGGCUUUGGGUCGUUUUCUUGGAGAAGGAGUAGCUUAUGUGUCUUCCACUGGACUGACUUCAGGCCUGCAGUGGGCUUCUAUAAAUCCUGGUGGUUACGCACUCGCUGGUGCAGCAGCCUUCUCCGGGGCCGUGACACACACCCUGUCCCCGGCCCUCCUGGCUGUAGAGCUAACGGGACAGUUCAGCCAUGCCAUCCCCGUCCUCAUCGCCACUCUGCUGGCCAACGCCCUGGCCCGCUCGGGGAAUCGGCCAUCUUUCUAUGAUGCACUUUCCAUCGGCAAGAGGCUCCCACACCUGCCCUCCCUGAAAAAGGCAUGCCCCCGGCUUCCCUCCACACCAGUGGGACAGGUUUUAGGAGCGAUAUCAGUGACGCUUCAGAAAGCUGCUGGGCCGGUGGAGGUCAAGCUGGCUGUCAACACCAGCACUGACUCACAAAUCCCUGUGGUGGACUCACAUGAGUCGCAGAUUAUUCUGGGAUUUGUUCUUCGUGCAGAGCUGCUGAUGUUCCUGCGUCACUGCGAGAGCGAGGCUCUGGAGAAACAUCUGGAUGAGGUCUGCUGCAUACACCCGACCUCUGUUCUGUUAUCACCUCACAACACUGUUCAAGAGGCCCACAGUAUCCUGAGUCUGGUUGGAGCUCAGACCUUGUUUGUCGCAGACAGGGGAAGGCUGCUCGGGCUGAUCACCUGGCCAGAGAUGAAGAGGAUAUUAGAAGACUUGGCAAAAGAAAUCUAAGCGACACACAAGAAAUAAGCUCAUCCCUUGACCUUUUAAGUAAACAUGAAACCAUCUCAGUCUUGAUCAGCUGCAAUAUAAACCUGGCUCUGGUUAUGACAUCAGUUCUUUAAUAUCCUAGAUUAAAAAUAU